GAAAAUGUUUUGGGGAAACCAUUUGUUUUACUAAUUUUAGACGCGGAACCUUUGAAGCUCAACUGGAACAAUCGGGAACACAUUUUGUGUUACACCAGGAAGAGCGUUGGUUUGACGUUGGAGGGAGAUUCGAGAGGCACAUGGAAGCUUGUAUGUUGUGCGCGUGUUGACUUUAUUUUUGAUUUUUCAAAUUCAUUUUCUUACCAUCAUGGAAUCAGAAAGUGACAUCAAAACGACACCGAGAGGUUUUCACUGCGUCCUGUGUAAGGUCAACGUACCAAAUCAGUCAAGUGUGGAUCAGCACGUCAAAGGGCGCAAACACCAAACAUUAAGCAAUGUUCGAACCACCAGGAAGACUCAGGAGCAGCACAGCGUGUUUGUCAGCGGCAUCAAGCCUGACAUCUCGCAGGCUGAUCUGGUUGAAUACUUCCAGAAAUUUGGGACUGUUUCUGACAUUAUCUUGGAUAAAGAUAGGGGUGUAUUUGCCAUUGUGCAGUUCAGUGAGACAGACAGUAUUCAGGCAGCUUUGUCUUGCAUAGAGCAUCGUAUGAAAGGUUUAAAUCUACGUGUCAAACCCAGAGAGAAGAAGGAAUUUGCGUACAUCCCCAAAAAGAAGUGUGACUUGCAGAACCUGCAACAAGUUCUGGACCGCCUAAAACCCCAACUGUGUCAGCUGCCUUCUGUUAAUGCUCAAAUGCAGUACAUUGAGAGCAGGUUCCAGCUUGGAGAUGCCGAGAAGAAGGCCCGGAACUUGCUGGUGCAACUCUUGCAGGAGAUCUUUGUGGAGUUUUUUCCAGACAGUCAAAUUCUGCAGUUUGGUUCAUCUGUCAACACGUUUGGUAUUCAUUCCUGCGACCUGGAUUUGUUUCUGGACUUGGAGAACACUAAAGUCUUCCAGGCCCGUGCCAAGUAUACAUCAGAGGCAGCUGAGUGCAUGUCUGAUGAUGGCCGCUCUGAGGACUCCAUCCUGUCUGACAUUGACCUCAGCACGGCCUCCCCUGUAGAGAUUCUGGAACUAGUGGCCACCAUCCUGCGGCGGUGCGUUCCUAGCGUCCACAAAGUCCACAUGGUGAGCAGUGCUCGGCUCCCAGUGGUGAAAUUCCAUCACCGUGAGCUCAAUUUGCAAGGGGACAUAACGGUCAACAACAAACUUGCUGUAAGGAAUACACGCUUCCUCCAGCUGUGUUCAGGAAUAGACCACAGACUGAGGCCUCUGGUGUUCACCAUUCGUUACUGGGCCAAACAGAAGCAACUGGCUGCUUGCCAAAUACAAAGCGAAGUUUUAUUUGUGUUGAAACUCAAAGGUAACCCCAGUGGUCCUGGUCCAUUGCUCAACAACUAUGCUCUGACACUGCUUGUCAUCUUCUUCUUGCAAAAUUGUGAGCCUCCUGUCAUCCCUACUGUGGACCGCCUUAAAGACAUGGCCUGUGAAGAAGAGGAGUGUCUGAUUGAAGGAUGGAAUUGCACCUUCCCCAGUCAGCCCAUUGCAGUGCCCCCUAGUGGAAACACUCAAGACCUCUGCACUCUUUUGGCUGGUUUCUUCUCCUUCUAUGCCAAGUUUGAUUUUGCAAGUAGUGUCAUAUCUCUGAGGGCGGGGCGUGUACUCCCAAUCACAGACUUCCUGUGUAACAAAGAUAAUUACAACAAAGAUAAAGACCAGGAAAAGAACACCAAACCACAGCAGAGUGGACCAAAACUGGGACCCCUCAAUAUUUUGGACCCCUUUGAGCUUUCACAUAAUGUAGCGGGAAACCUGAACGAGCGUUCUCAGAAAUGCUUCCAGAAGGCAUGUCAGGAUGCCGAAAAGUACUGCCGCAGCCUCCAGUACCUGCGCAAGUCUACAAAGGGGAAGAUGUGGGGGCUAGUGCGCCUAUUUACCCCUGAUGGGGGAGUUGAACAAACGACACCAGACGAGCUGAACAUAAGCAUCCCUUUCAAAUCGUUCGCGCUCCCGGAAGCCCUCCGCAAUCAGCUGCAUGUGGCGGGAGAUGAUUUCAGGUCAUUGUGGUUUGAAAAGGUGUGCACUUGUGUGCAGAAGGUAUUUCAAAGUGUCCUCAGAUGUGAGCUCACUUUGUCUGCGGGUUUCGGCGUUUCAGAGGAUUUAGCCGCCGACGUAUCUGUGGAAAUGGAGACCAGUUCAGGCUCACUUAAUACUUCAGCUAAUGACAGCCUGAACUCGCCUACCAAUGCUGCUCAGGUGGGCGCCAAACGGCGACUCUCUGCCAGUGACGAGACAUCACUCUCCCCCCAAGGAAAAAAGGCAAGGAUGUCCAAAAGGGGCAAGCGGGAGCUCCCUUACUGGCUAUGGGUGCAGAAACACUCUGUGUGGGCCGGCAGGAGGAAAGUGAGGCGUGAGAUCAUCAAAGACGCCGACCUUCAACCCGAGGGAAGCUGCAUGGAUCUGGAGACCAGAGUCACAGAUCGCAUCAUUGAGAAAGAAGAGGAGCUGAAGGAACCGCUUGAGUUCAAGGUUCAGCCUCAUGUGGUGGGUGGGACAGAGAACACAAGAACAGUGUUGAAGUUGGAGCCGUGCAGCGACCGGGCUGGAGUUCUUCAGGACUUUGUUCAUUUCCUGGACGCUUUCCUGCCCAAGAUGGUAGAGUCGUUGCUGGAGAAAGAAGCAGGGGGUAGCUAAGAUGACUCAUCACUAGAAAUUUUUUUUGUGUUGAAUCAAAAUGGCUUUAAGUGCAGCAUGAAUGACCUUCAGUGUGGGUCAUAGAGGAGCUACUCUACUGUAUGUGUGUUUAGAUUUAUUAGCCACCAUCCUUAAAUUGAAUAUACAAAGUCUACACACCCUUUUUUCAAGUAUUUUUGAUACAAAGAAAAACAACAUUCCAAAGUGUUGUUAUCAUUUUAUUUUAAGGUGUUCUGAUUAACCCCAAAUGAAGUUUAGAUUUUCAAGUAGACUCGUUUUCUUAUUGUCUUUUCUUCAGUUUUGGAAACUCGUCCAUUUAUUGCUGGUGUUACUAUUGUGCUAUACUUUCAUAACUUGUUGAUGAAUUAUAUUUUUAAACAUGUUGUAAUUUAAUGUAAAGCCUACUGAAACAUCAGCUAUGUAUUUAGGUCGGAUCAGUUGCUUUAGAUAAAUGCCGGUGUGUAUUGACUCCUAAAGUAUUUACCAUGAGUUUGAAUGUGAUUGGAGAAGUUCACAUUAUGUGGUAAGUUAACUUAUAGGUCACAUUAAGCGGUGGAACAUGUUUUGUAAAUUAAUUGAUAAUGAACAUUUGUUUAAGCAGAAUAACAUUUCCUUGGAAGUCCAAAAAUGUUGUUUAAGAGGUGGCUUUUUUUUUUUUUUUUUUUUUUUUUUUUUUAUGUUUGAUGAAUAUGAUCCUCAAAAACCAAGAUGCUCUGAAGAGAAAGAAAUUGGGACAUAGCCAUGAAAAAAAUAAAAUAAACCUUUGUAUAUUCAUGAAGAAAAGUCAAUUUAUUCAGUUUUAUUGUUACUAGUAUUAGUAGAUCAGUGGUACCUUUUUUAUUGUUUACCGAGGUGCUACCCAUGCUCUCAUUGUUUUAGCCAAUGAGCCUAGGCACAUUCGAAACAGAAUAAUGAGAGUAAUUAUCCAGUCAGGCAGAUGCUUUUAUUGCUGAAGGAGAGGGAUGCCUGGUGCUCUACCAUGCUGAUUAACAUCAUACAUCUCACUUCUAAGUAAAUACAUAUAUGCACGGCGAAGUUGGGCUUCUUGCUUGUUAUAUUUAUGUGGAAAUCUAAUACUGUACAAGAAUGAAAUCUAAAACUAUGAAAAACCACAAACUAUGAUUCCAAAUGCAGUUUACUUUUUCCAAACUCGUAUUACAACAUUACCAUUAAUAAUAGAUGACUUAAAAUGGUUUUAGUGUGUAGAAGUGUGCAUGUACUGGCACAUGCUGUUAUUACUCAGUUACUUAUCAGCUAAGGCUACAUUUAACUCUUGCAAAAAUACAAAACAGGUCUUCCCUUCAUACUUCCGUGAGUUGACAGUGAGUGGCAUCCGUUGCGAGUGCCGUCCCUAUUUGAUGCUUUUUGUUUUGAGUUGUGAUCAAAGAUUUGACAAAUGAGUAUGCUUCGAAGUCUUCGCUUCAAAAAUGUUGCCUUUGCCGCUUGUCCGCUAUGCAAGGGACAUACUGCAUAGAGAUAAGCAGAACAAUUAAAUGUUCUUUCAUCAAAUUGCAGAAAGUACAAUUAACUUUUCCACUUGUUUCUGUUUAAACAGUAGUAUAACUACUUUAUGUGUUGAACUAAUUAGCCAGAUCUCACUUCAAGUAAAUAAUAGGUGACUUAAUGGAGACACCAUUAUACAUUUUGUGAAAUGAGAUUGUUCUGUGAGAUUUAAAAUAUGCAUAUGUCUUGGCUUAGUAAAGGUUGGGUAAAAUGUGGAACUCGGAUAAAAUAUUCACAAAUCAUCUUCGUGAACUAAAUUUUCAGUAUAUAUUUUUUAUCUCUGAGCCAAUUGUCACUCGAAACCAUUUGCUUUCUGAUGCUUCCAGCUACUCUGAUAUUAACUUUCUUUUUGUUUCUUUUAAGGCACUAUUGAUAUACGACCAGUCUUACACACCCACGCCUCUAAGCCAGAGAGUCAAAGUGAUUGAUACCAAACUAUGAGUGUUUGCUUGAGGUGGGCCAAAACAAGGAAGCAGAUUUGAGCACCAAUGUUGAGCCUUACAGAAAUACUCGAGUUUGUUAACAACUACAAUGAAUCAAUUGGUUGAUUUAAACUUAAAGACGAUAAGUGAUCAAAGGUGGGUUUAUUGAGAAAUGAUAACAAAGCUCACAACUGUAUCACACAGGUAAUUGUAAUUUCCUCCUAGAAUUGAUUAAGCUAGCUAUAUCUGCAAAAGAAGAAGACUUUCUGCUUGAAAAUGAUGAUCACUUAAGUCAGACAUCCAGGAUUGUUAGCAGGUAACAUCAGCUUUUCCUCAAUUUGUAUAACAUGCUAUCAAUGCUUUCAUGUGAAAAUGCUUUUUUUCCUUGUAUCUUCAUUGUUAGGCUGGAAAAAUUUUGCUCUACUAGAUACACGGUAUGCAUGUUACUAUUCCACCAAAUUUUUUUGUGUUAAAAACAGCAGUUGUUUUUAAAAGUACUUUGGAUCUU